UCCCCACAAGUCGGUAGAGUACAGGUUCUCAAAAGAUUCAUCAGGGGACUGUCACUGUCUGAGGCAAAAAACAAAAAACAAAAAACAAAAAAACAAAUCUGGGAAGAAAAGGACUUCAGAGGGGGUUGAUGAUGCUCCUGUUACCUCUCCUCACUGUAUUCUUGGCGAAGCGAAGCCUUACUCGGACCCACUCGCUGAGAUAUUUUCGUCUGGCUGUUUCGGAUCCUGUCCCCGGAGUCCCUGAAUUUAUCUCUGUUGGGUAUGUGGACUCACACCCUAUCACUACAUACGACAGUGUCACCCGACAGAAGGAGCCAAAGGCUCCAUGGAUGGCGGCGAACCUGGCACCUGAUCACUGGGAGAGGUACACUCAGCUGCUAAGGGGCUGGCAGCAGACAUUCCAGACGGAGCUGAGGCACCUGCAGAGGCACUACAACCACUCAGGGCUUCACACCUACCAGAGAAUGAUUGGUUGUGAGUUGCUCGAAGAUGGCAGCACCACAGGGUUUCUCCAGUACGCAUAUGAUGGACAAGAUUUCAUCAUCUUCAAUAAAGACACUCUCUCCUGGUUGGCUGUAGAUAAUGUGGCUCACAUCACCAAGCGAGCAUGGGAGGCUAACCUGCAUGAGUUGCAAUACCAAAAGAACUGGCUGGAAGAAGAAUGCAUUGCCUGGCUCAAGAGGUUCUUGGAGUAUGGAAGAGAUGCUCUAGAAAGAACAGAGCAUCCAGUGGUAAGAACAACUCGAAAGGAAACUUUUCCAGGGAUUACAACACUCUUCUGCAGAGCUCAUGGCUUCUACCCACCAGAAAUUUCCAUGACAUGGAUGAAGAAUGGGAAAGAAAUUCCCCAGGAAAUGGAUUAUGGAGGGGUGCUUCCCAGUGGGGAUGGAACCUAUCAAACGUGGGUGUCAGUUGAGUUGGAUCCUCAGAGUAAUGACAUUUAUUCUUGCCAUGUGGAGCACUGUGGUCGUCAGAUGGUUCUGGAAGCCCCUCCCGAAUCAGGAAGCAUCCUUCUAGUGGUGAUCACAAUCUCCGGGACCACGGUUCUCAUCGUCAUCCUGGCUGGAACUGGUGUUCUAAUCUGGAGAAGAAGGUCACGAGAACCAAAAGAAGUCAUGUACCAACCCACUCAAGUGAAUGAGGUCAGCUCUCCCUCUUAGGAGCCAUGAUCUCUGCUCUCAGGCACCCACAUGUCUCAGCCAUACUCCUGACACAAAGGGGGAUUGUAGAAUCGAGCAUUUGUGACAGGAAGAUAGGAGCUACAAAUUUCUCUUCAUUCUUUGGCUCCAGAAGAUCUGUCAACUUUUAGACUCCUGGUGGACUCCUUUAUCACAAUCAACUUUAAAUAGUUUGUCCCAUGACCCAAUACUUCCCAAUAUCAUAAUUGUAAAUGGUGAUUUACAAGUAGAUUAGAGUCUCAGAGCUGCAUGCAACUUUCUUAUCUAAGCAGGAGGUGUCUUCUAAAAUGUCACAGAGUUGAGCAUCAGCCUUUACUUGACAUCAUGUGCAAGUUCCCCCAUUCUACCACAAAACAGCCUUUCUUGUCCAUUUUCUCUCGUGAAAAUGUUUACCGUGUAAGAACUUUGACCAUCAUGGCUCUCAUGACUAAGAAUCUGUAAGGAGGGGUGAGCCGGCCCAAGAAAACAGCCAGCAAGUUUCCACAACAGCCUUUGAAUGGGCACGUCCCAAAACACAGAUCAUGGCACGAGGGGAAGCAGAAGCACCCAGUUCAUGGUGGCUCUGUCAGAAAACAUGGAAUAGAUAUACGGCAAUGGCUUCCUUCGAUUUUACUGUUUCUGUGAGAAAUUAGAACAAUAAUUUAUCAAGCUGAAUGUGAUGGGAAUCUUAUAAGCACAGUACUCAGGAAGCUGAGGCAGGUGGAUUAUAUGUUUGGGACUAGCUUGAGCUACACAAUGAAACCCUAUUUAAAAUAAACCAAAACAAUAACAACACACUUAACAGAACUAAAACAGGGGCUGGAGAGAUGGCUCAACAGGUAAGAGCACUGACUGUUCUUCCAAAGGUUAUGAGUUCAAAUCCCAGCAUCCACAUGGUGGCUCACAAGCAUCCAUAAAGAGAUCUGAUGCCCUCUUCUGGUGUCUGAAGACAGCUACAGUGUACUUACAUAUAAUAAAUAAAUCUUAACAAAAAAAAAACAGAACUAAAACAAUAUUUACCAGACAUAUUAUCCCCUUCCGUAGAACUGCAGAGACCUAGACUCACUUGCAAUAUUUCAACAUGAAAAUAAUAUAUUUGGCUGGAGAUGAUCCAGUGGGUAAAGAUGUCUGUUGCCAAGCAUGUCCACCUGAGGUCAGGCACCCUGACCCACACAGUGAAAGAGAGAACUGACUCCUGAAAGUUGCCCUCUGACCUCUCCAUGAGUGCUAAAUAAAUGGUUUUUGGUUUGUG